UUAGAGAUCCUGUGUUCCGUCAACAUUCUUCAAUUUAUAUUCAUUGCCUUAAGACUGGACAAGAUCAUCCAUUGGCCCUGGCUAGUUGUUUGUGUUCCACUGUGGAUUUUGAUGUCCUUCUUGUGCCUGGUGGUGCUAUAUUACAUUGUUUGGUCCGUCUUGUUCUUACGCUCUAUGGAUGUUAUUGCAGAACAAAGGAGGACACAUAUAACGAUGGCAAUCAGCUGGAUGACAAUUGUUGUACCACUGCUUACAUUUGAGAUUCUGCUAGUUCAUAAACUGGAUGGCCAUAAUGCAUUCUCAUGUGUCCCUAUAUUUGUCCCACUUUGGCUUUCAUUAAUAACUUUAAUGGCAACAACAUUUGGACAGAAAGGAGGCAAUCACUGGUGGUUUGGAAUUCGUAAAGAUUUCUGUCAGUUUCUCCUUGAAAUUUUCCCUUUUUUAAGGGAAUAUGGAAAUAUUUCAUAUGAUCUACAUCAUGAAGACACUGAAGAAACCGAAGAAACACCAGUCCCAGAACCUCCAAAAAUUGCUCCUAUGUUUCGGAAGAAGACUAGAGUAGUCAUUACACAGAGCCCUGGAAAAUAUGUCCUUCCACCUCCAAAAUUAAAUAUAGAUAUGCCAGAUUAGGUGGAAAUUCAAGACUCGUAUGGACAGUAUGUGGCAUAGAAAAUACACAAAAUAUUUCUUCUUCUACAUUACUUUGCCUACAUUAUAAACUGGAACUGGAAGUAAAAUCAAAUCUCUUCAUCUCAUGCUUUGAAUAAAUAUCACAGCCACUAGUGAAUCAUCAGUAUGUAAUAUAUAGAUAUUGACAGUUAUUUUAAUAUAUGUCUUGUGUGUGAGAAAGCUUUCAAGACCAACCUUUUCAGAGUUUCUAUCAGCAAGUUGAAAUGAUAUCAGAUUGAGUAAUUGGGAAUUUGCCAAGCUGUUUUUUAAAUGCUACCAUGCCUUUCAAAAGUAGGACUAGUCUCAUUGGCAAAACAUAAUCUACAACCAGCCUAAAUAGUUCUCUAUUCCACUCCUUGUUUCAUAGAAUAUGCAUUCUUUUUAGUGUUGUUCUUGUUAAGAUUUUCUUUGGGCAUGCUCAUAGCCAUCUUUAAUGGUCUAACUGGUGGAUCUUUCUAAUGGAGUAACUCCAUGCCUGUAUAGUAUUUAUAUGAACGUUUUAGCAACGUGUAAUAUAUUCUGUUGAAAUUCUAGUUCUGUACAGUAUAAUUAUAUUAUGUUAAAGUAUUUUAAAAGCCUAUAUAUGAAGAUAUAUGUUCUAUAUGGAAGAAGUCCUUUCAAGUGUUUUAGAAAUAUUAAUUAAUGUGUGUCUGUCGGGUAUGGGAACUUAUCAAAGUAGUAAUCAGCAUGACCAUCAGAGACUGAAAAUAGUGUUGAUUUGAAAUUCAAGUUUUUGUAUAUUUAGGUCUAUACUAAUAAGUCGGUGAAGACAAUUUCAAAGCUCGAUAUAUCACAUCAGUAACCAGAGUUAGGCAGUUUUAGCUUUUGUUCGAAUCUGGCAUUCCUGUCUUGCUGAUGCAAUACCAGACUCUACAGUUCUGUUCUUUACCACUUUCAGGCACCACAUGGACAGCAGAUCUAAUCUCAGAAUACUGAAAAUUAGAAAGAAAUGGCAUGGCCAAUUCUAAAAGGCUUGGGAUCCCAGUUUCCCCAUAAUAGGAAGCAUUAAUUAGAGUUUGAAUACUAAGACUUAACUAAGGUGGGGGUGAGGGGAGGAAGCCCAUAUCAGAACUGUGUUUGUUUGAAGAUCUGCAGUGACUUGGUGGCUAUACGCAAUGCUAUGCCAAUUCAGAAGCUUUUGUGAAUUAAUUCAAAAGUAAUUUGUUAGUAUUAUCCCAGUGCUAAGAAGGUAAGAAGUCAGAUUCGUCCAGCUUAACAGUCUUUUGGCCACAAAUGAAAAGAACCGUUGAUACUCUUCCUCAGGAUCGAUCAGAAGGUGUUCGAUUCCACAGCAUAGGCAACUUUUUUUAAUUGUCUGAAUUCUGUCUAAUGUAAAUUCUGUAAAUAACUAAAACCUUUGCACUGGCCUAGGAGCAGAUAUGUUCGGGUGGGGGGUGGGGGGAGGGAGUGAAGUUUUUCCAGUUUUGUGUGUAAAAACUUGAGCUAAAAGUCACUAUUUUUCCCCUCUACAUAGCAGUUCAAUAAACUGGUUCAUUUUUCAUGUGCA